CGAUUAAAUUUCCUGUGAGAAGAUUUUGCAAGAUCCGUCGUAUGUGAAGUAUCGUGCCUCGAACUAUUUUCAGGUUUUGAAGACAUUUGGUUCCCUGAAACUAGCUUAACUCUUCGUUAAACAGUCUGUACUAGCCUUCCAGGAAUGGGGUGCUGUUUCAGUGGCGAGGAGAGAACUGAUGGCUCUGUAAGUGAGGUUUUCAUGUUUCUUUUUCGUGUAGGAUCGAUUUGUCAUGUGACUGUCAGUCUUUUUCGGGGCCUGAGAAUCGAAUAUUAUUUUUUUCGCCUUCUUUGUAGAUUUCUUUAUAUCUUUUCUACAGGUAUAUGUAUUGUGCCUGUGUGAUUAUUCGUGUAGUUUGGAACCUCUGCUGUCUGUCGUCUGAUUAUCGUAACGUACAUUGUAAUAAUGCAAAUUGAUCAAAAGAUCCUAAUAAACUUUAGCCGAAACUUAACUGAGCUGAUCUGUAUUUUCUAAUCAUAGUGAGGUGAUUAUGAUAGAAAGCACUGUUAGAAAAAAAUUCAAUAGUUUACGUCAUUGGGUCAACAAUCACUCAGUGAUUACAAUAUUAUACUCUUUAUAAGUGAUCUGAUCAGGUCUGCCUCUUCGAAUUAGGUAAUUAAAAUAGCAGCGUAUAAAUCUUACUAGGCUAAAAUGUACCUGAUUGUAAAGUUAUUCAAGAGAUUGACUUAUCUACAAAAUUGAUGUGUAUUUUCUGCAGAGGCAAGCAACUGAGAGAGAUCCAUUACUAGGAGGAACAUCAACACCAAUUACCAAUGGACAGAGACCAGUGUGAGUUGAUUAUUUCGCAUUUGCUAUUAUUUUGUAUGAUGCCACUUAGCUGCUUAGGCCAGGGAGGAAAGAUAGGAGGUCUUGUGACCAUCUAAGUAUUGUCUCAUUGCAAUAUUUCAAGGUUAGAGAACCUCCAAAAGCACAGUGUUUUUAUUUAAUUGGCAUACCUUUUAGCUCAAAGUACAGUCAACUCUUGCCCUGCAGACACCUUGCUAUUACAGACACCCUGCCAUUGUGGACAAGAGCCAACCCCCUUCCCUCUCCUCAGCAAAAUGCAUAAGGAAGUGACUGAAAUAAACUCCUGUUAUUUCAGUUUCUCGCUAUCACAAAAAGGCAGACACUUUUAUGCCCUCCAGCACAGUAUUUCAUUUGUAUUUUCUUUCUCUGUUCUGGACACUUGAGAAACUCAUCCAAAACCUGACUCACACAUUAUAAAGCAACAUUAAAAUAACAAAAGAAAUCAUUUUUUAAAAUGGGUGCAAACAGGAGAAUUUCCUGCUUGCAGCAGCCAGAUCUUUUUCCAGUUUAUAAGGUGACAUUUAAAAAUAUAUGUUCGCUUAGUUACUUAUUAUUUCAUAUGUUUAGAGACAAAACAAUUGUUUUUCUCUCGUACCCCACUAUUAUGGACUCUCAAUCUCCUCUCUGAGGGUGUCCAAAAUAACAGGAGUUGACUGUUUAAGGUUUUACCUUUAAUGUCACCCUCAAUCUCUCUGAUGAAUAUUUCUAUCCAGUUCAGCAAGGGAAUGAGCUACAUUUGUAAUUAGCCUAUGUAUAGCUGUACCCUCCCAUCCAAGAUGAAACAAAGGCCAGGGAACGUCUACGUAAACCUGGCACUAAUCGUGUUCAGUGAUGUCACUCUAAUUUAUCCAAAAUAAUGUCACCUGAUAAAUUUUUUUUGCAAAGUUGCUCUUGUUAGUGUGAAGGUUAUCAGAGUCUUAUUGAGAUAAACAACAACAACGAAGUGAAUUCAUUUUUCAUUUUUCAGGUAAAUUUGCAAUUUAGGGUCCAAGUACAAAUAUAAACUUUGCUUUAGGAUAUAGGAAAAGAUUAUGAACAAUUUUUUAGCAAGAAGGCAACGAAGUUUGAUUAGCAUCACGCUUAUGAAACUUGAUUUCAACAUCCACGCGGUUUCUGCUUGUACUUGUAAACAGUAUCAUGGUUGUUGCAAAAAGUUGGAACAUUUGCUGCAAAAUUUCAAGGUUUCUACAUAUUUCUAUGAGAGAUAGUUACACUGCAAGGGUGAAGAAGGAGUGGCUCUUUUCUCUUUUGAAAGAAAAGCUGCAAGAAACAACCAGCUUUAACCCUUUACUCUCUAACAUCAGUAUGCAUAUUCUCCAUACCACUCCCUAGACAUUUCCCAGGUUCUGACAAGGAGAAUUUGUUCAGCAAUCAAGAGCUUCUUUAGUUGGUGAUCAUCUCCUUUAUUCUCAUGACCUUAAUGUUUAAUUCAGGGAAGUUAUUGCAUGGAGAAAUUAGAUGUUAGUCAGUCUUAGGGGUAAAACAGUUAAUGUUUAAUAGCUUCACAGCACCAUUCACAAAGAGACCAAUUUCACAAUAGACAUAGAGACUGGUUUUCUUCUUGAGAAGAGAGGUGAUCAAUCACUGGCACUGCUUGAUAUAUUAAAGAAUUCUCUAUAGCCACAUUCAUUAAAGGCUAUAGUAUAAUAGCCGAAAGCUUAUAUUUUAAAACCUUUUUAACCAGAGAACGUUUCUUACCUUUUUUACUUUCUCUAUAGCCAGUUGGUAACAAAACAGAAACAUUGUUACCUUUGAAAAACAUAUCUAUGGCUUUCUGCUGUUCUUCUUGAAAUGUCUCUGGCCCAAAAGUCAUGCUAACUUGCCUUAAAACCUCAUCGUAGAUGGCUGUUGUCUGAGAAGUUGUCUCUGAAAGCAUUUUUUUAACCAUCUUGUUUGCAGUGUUCUCCUUUUCAGGCAGUAACCAGUAACAUUCACUGUCUGUAGUACCUCUUAUUACUGUUUAAAAUUGCUUGGAAUUCUUGAAAUUCAACAGGUAAAAGGAUUGCUUUAUCGGUUUGAAAAUUUAUUUUACCUGUCAUGCUUAAAAUAAGGGAGAACACUGUGUUUGCUAACUAGUGUGAAAAUAAAUUACCAACUUUAGCCAAUCAGAAUUGAAUCAAUGUGCUCUGUGAGCAAACUUGCGAAUUGACAGAUGACUAACAUGAUUUUGUGGAUUAUGUUUAAUGUUAUCUGGUUUAGUGAAUUUGUGGUUGAUUGUCACAUUUAGAGUAUGAGCAGUAGUUCAGUGUUCGCUAAUGUAGCAAAGAAACAAAGUAACGUUGGGAUAAGAAGGCAUUACAAUUGAAAUGAUCAUGCUAUUACAUUUGACAAGGGUGGAUGAUGGUAUGUGUUUUAAACAUGUAUCAUUUUUGUUUCUGGUUCAAAAGGAAAGGUUGGAAGUAAAUAUGGGUGAAAAGUGAAAUUUACUGUCUAUCAUUGUAAAUAUUGGAAAAUCACGUCAAUACUGUCUUAAUGACAACAUUAAUGAUUCCCUCUUUAUCAAAUGAGACAAACAGGAAUGAGUUUUGAGUGCUAUAACUAAGCCCAGACUGCCACCGUCAUUUUGGAUUUUAAUUUUGUGAAAAACUAAGGUUGUUCUCAUUUCAGUGUGAAUCCUCACACACCUGCCAGUCACUGGCACUGCUUAUUGAAACUAAAACGAAAAAAAAAUCCUUUUAAGAUUAUCAUUGGCUUCUUUUUCACCCCACCACUAUUCUUAGCAAUAAAGGUUGCCAUUUUGUUUGUUUAUUACUUGCCAAAAACUAUCAAAUGCACUUAAAAGCCUAAAAUCAAAAAAAAGUUUUCAGGAAUCGAUUGAGCGAGCAAGCGAGUGCCAUUCUCUACAUCAUAUUUACAACUCGCUCUUGCACAUGCACACAAUUCACGAGUUAAAAAAGAAUUGGCAAAAGGGGUUAACCAAUAAACAGUCAUUAUAUUUUUCUUUUUUCGCAAAAGAGGGACAUCAUGGAACACAAUAAGUGUUAGGUUUGCAUAGACAUUUCCUUGCCUCCAUUUCACCUGGGGGGUGGAGGGUAUGGCUACAUUUGUUAUAUGAGCCUAGAAAUUUGGGUCUUUAUCAAGAGGAGACUUAGUUGUUCACCUUUCUCACUAAUUUUUAUGAAUUUAAAAUAUCUUGUCGUCUUUUUUUUUUCUGGAAUUGCUGAAUGAGCAGAGUUCCAAAACACAAUCACAAAACUUCUCUGGUGGGAACUUAUUAAAAGACAUGUGAAACCCAAACAAAAAAAUAAAACAUGUCCACCCAUUCAAGUAAAUUUAUGUUACUUUAUUUGUUGUAUGGUGAAAUUUACUUGUAACCUAAACUCUAUGUACACUGAACUUAACCCAGUUUAUCUGGCUUGCAUCUUAAUACAACAGGCAUGGAACAUUACAGAUUCAAUGAUAUAUUAAGUAACUUAAUUGUUUUAAGAAUGCUUGCAAUUGAGAGGACCAGUUAGCACUUAUACUAGUUAACAAUAAACAACUGAAACAUUCAUGUUAUUCUUAGUCUGUGACUUGGUUUCAUUUUCAGUGAUGAUGUACUCAACCAUAGUUCUGGCCCAAUAUCCAAGACAGAUGAACAAUCAUUAUUAAGCAGAAUACUUCAUCAAACUGCACAGUAUGUAAUUUUUCUUGUUAUAAUCAUCUGUCAUCAAACUGAAUGAGUAUGAAUCUUGUGUUUGCACAUUGGAGGGUUGUACAUGGCUAUAAGAGCUGGGAACUGGUUUACUUGCCUGGCUAGUUGUUGUAAAGGAUUUUGUUGGUCACUCAAUCAGCCUUGAAGCCAAGACUAUGUCAAAAGGAUAAUUUAACCAUUCAAAAUUUUGCUUAUUAUAUCAGCCAUUAAGCCAAGACUCUCUGAGGAAGAUUAAUGAGUACAAAUUGAUUAAUUCUAUGAAUGUAAAGCUUUCUGUACAAACACCAUCUUAUAUUUAACCACUGUAUCAUCCUGUUUCAAAGUUGGUGAAAACCAGAAACUUGAUUUCAGUUCUCCAUGGGAUACCAUCAAUAUUGUCACAAGACACACGUUACCUGACUGUACAGCUUAACCCUUUCACUCCCAAGAUCUCUUUACUAAUUCUCUCUACUUUCUGCCAUAGAAUUUGUUAUGAUGUUAGUUUGGAGAAUUUGGUUUACACCCAAUAAUCCUGAAAAAAAAUUUUUUUGUGAUUCUCCUCACUUAUCUGCUUGAUAUUGUAUUGAUAUUUUAAGGAGAUAUUCUCUCAUGGGAGUCUAAGGGUUAGAUAUGACAUAAAAUUGUUUGAAAUUUUCACAGUCAAGGAUGAAAUGAAGAAAAAAUUUGAACUUGAAUGAUAUGAGUCUUGCCUCCUCUUGCUUUGAAUGGAAACAGAGCCUGUACAACUUAAGGAUUUGAAUUGUCAGGUGAUCCUCAGAACAUAAUCAUGUGACACAUGCAAACUAAUAACAUUACUUAUGUUGCAGCAAAGUCAUAGAUGUCUCCUCAACGGAACCUCACAGUAUAGAAAGAACAGAAUACAUGGAAAGAUCCAGACAGUACAUGUAAGUGUAUUGACACUGAAAACAAAACAGUAUCAUUGGACAUUCUGAUAAUGAAGGGACCGAAGCAAUUUUGGUGCGUUGAAAUACAUGGAUCCGUUCAUAUAAAUACGGCUGAAUUUGACAAUGCUUAAUGCAUAAAAUAUUUUUAGAUGAUCUUAAAAUUUUCUCAGUUGAAUUAAGUGUACAACAAUGAUAAUACCUGCAAUUGCAAAAAAUGUAAAGUAAACUCAACUCUGCCCAGUGCUCAGUCACUGGGCUAUAAUAAGAUGAUUCUUUUGUUGUUUUUUGUAAAUUGGCUUCUGUAAAGAGUUUCUUAAGCUGACAUUCAAGCAUUAGUACUUCCCUCUGCAGUUAUUUUAACACUUAGGUUAUAUUGAUAGAAUUAUGCGCCCAAAAUUAACCCUUUAACCUCUAAGAGUGAAAGAAAACAAGGCAGAACCUCACAGAAACUCACAGAACUGUUGCAAGGGUAGUAAAUCACACAUUGAUGUCAUGAGAAUAAAGGAAAUGGUCACCAACUAAGGAAACUCUUGAUUAGUUGACUAAUUCUCCUUUUCAGCACCUUAGUAAAUGUAUAAAGAACAGUAUGGAGAAUAUGAAUACUGAUGUUAGAGUGUAAAGGGUUAAUAUUGAUCUUUCACUAAGAAAACUCUAGUUAGCCAAGAAAAUUAUCUUGAAGGGUGAAAUGUGAACUCUGUAGAAUGAGUAAAUAACAAUUACAUUUGACAAGAGCUGAUUAUGCAAAAGCCCUAGUGACAUUGGCACAUUGGAUUUAGUCUGAGUCUCCAUGACCAUCUGACCAUGCAGCCACAGUUCUUGUUAACCUUUCACAAAUGUUAUUGGGCUUCCAGGUCAAAAUUAUCUGCUGUUAAUGGUUCAGCGCUACAUAACGGUUCCAAUCUUCCUGGUGGAGUGAAGGCACCUUCGUCAGUGUUAGCUAGUGAACCAAUACCACAAGGAGAUGUAGCAUUUGUAAGUGUUUGAUUACUGUUGAAGAAUCAGAUGGCCAAAUCAUGUUUUUGUGUCCUGAACUAAUUGAAACCAUCCUGUCAUUGCAAAAAAACUCUCUAUGGCAUAGUGCUAGCAUGUUGCAAAUCCAGGAAUCAGCUGGUAAGAUUAAGUCUGCUUGUGGGAACAGUACUGGAAAAAAAAAGGGAUUGUCAAAAUUAUAAGGAAUAUUAAGAAAUGGACACCAGAACUGUAUUUGUUAACCCACUUAAAUACUUCUCCCUCCUGAAAAAUUCAAGUCGUUUAAAACAUACAUGUAUACAUGUACUAUCUUUGAAAGGAGGUAGAAUGGAAUUGUAACAACCUAUUUUUCUUUUGAAGAAUGGUUAUAAAAUCUAAAGAGCAAAAAACACAGAGGUUUUAAUGAAAGGGGGUUACUGACAGUCUACCGCCACCUGUAAGACUUCUCACCACUGUCUUAGUACAAAGCAGACUGCAUUUCUCUUUACAACCACCUACAUUUGUAUCACACUAUCACCAGCCACAUGUGGAAAAAUUUACUGUAACCCCGAUGUUUUUUUUAACCAAAUCUUACGUUGAGAUUUUGAGAACUUUUACAGUCAUGUUUUGGUAUCAAUUUCCCUCUAAAGCAGAGAGUUCUUAUUCUCAGUGGUAGUGUUACCAUUUUUAUUUCUUAUUGGAAUCUGUGAAAUGAAACAAAACAUGAAAAAAACAAUGUUGUUUAAUUUCAGGCAAUCCAAGCAGCCAAAGGAGCAGAUGCAUCAUUGUCUGGGUUCCAUGUUGAACAUAGAGAUGCCCUUGUGGUACAGUUUGAAUCAUCUUAGGAAUUUCUGAUGUUGUAGAGAAUGAAAUAUUUAUUGAAAUUGAACCUUCCAUUAUUGUGCCUACCAGUAAUUACGAGUAAUUUCCAGAGCAACUUACAUCAAAAGAUAAGUAAAAACAGUAGAAGGAGCAUGGGAACAACUUUGGUUGAGCCUCCACAGCCUCCUGCCUCUCAGCUGCACCUCUUGCCACUCCCAUAGGGGCAAUGAAAACUAGUCCCAUGGAAUUUUUGCUGAACAGUAAUAGAUUUGAAACUGAUAGGAGUAGGUGCAGGACUUAAACAAAAAUUUGUCAAUAAGUAAACAAGAUGUUGCAAUCAAAGUGACUAUAAUUAUGGAUAUUUAAUUCAGAGAGUAAUUCUUAAUUGAUUGUCAAAAUACCUGUAGGCAGGGUGUGGGUUGGUUUUGCUUUACUCUACUCUGCAUUUUGGUACAGGAAACUUGCAUUGCUUUUUCAACUGAGCAUAUUCAAUAUUUAAUGGAAAAAUAUCUUGCUUACACUGAAUUUUCCUGCACUUUAAAUUUGUUAAACUUUUUGCUCUUAUUCCUCAAAGCAAUUUUGUUCUUUUUGAAUUUGAUUACAUGUACUUGAUCUUCAUUGUACAACACCAACCUGAAAGGCAUUCUGCUCUUAUUUUAUGGGAUAAGAUUUUGAACAUGGUAAGGAAACCUUUUGGAACUUUUCAUGUGGUAAAAAUGUGACUCAUGAAAAGUUCAAAUUGCAAAGCAGGUUGGGAAGGAGGUGGGGUGACGAAGGGAGAGAAGUGGAGGGGAGGGGAAAGGGGAGUGUGUCUCACAGCUCAAAAAAGAUGGAAAAGAUGUAAACUUCAAGCCUCAGUGUGUUAUUGAAAUGUAUUUUAUGAGUAUAUCACUGAAAAUUACUUCAUAGGAUUUAGCAUGUCACACCUGGGAAUUGAUAUGCCGUGUUCAGUAAUGAGUGAUGCUACGUUGUUGUCUUAGUAAAUGUUUCCAGGUAUUUCUUAAUUAAACUCAAAGCAAAAAUAGCAAAGAAAAAAAGAUGUAAGCUAUCAAAGAUAGUUUAGAGAGGUAUUCCGAUUUUCAAAAACAUCUAACAAUUUCCUGCUUGUAAAAGCAUCCUUUUUUUUUAUCCAUCAACUCUCUGAGGUAAAGUAACUUCCAUGUGGCUUCUAAUAAUUUUAAUAAAAAAUCCUUCAAAUUGGUGAUCAGAGUAAGCAGAAUUACAAACAAAGUGUUUUCCUUAGAGAACAUCAUACGGUCCUAUCUUAUUUACAAGGACAUGUGUGGCAGUAGGGAAGGGAAAGUCAUCAAUCUCAUUCUAUGAUUUUAAGGGUUACUGCAGAGCUUGCCUGGAUGUCAGGGACCAGAGGAUUUUGGUUGUAUUGCUGUAAAAUUUACUUGAUCCCCCUCCUCUCUCAGGUGAUAAAUAAUGACUGGUCUUAGAAGGGGUGGGGGGGUACUUGUGCAAAUCUACUAGAGUUGGUUUGCCAUCUUUCUCAUCUGUUCACCUUGGAAUCAUAACAUGUCAUUUCCUGUACCCAUUUCAAACCUGGUUACUAAAAUCCAUACGGUGCUACUUAUAGUCAGACCAUAAUCUUAAACUAUACCCUUUUGGGGCACCACUCACCCCUUUCCCUACCUCCCUUUCCCACCCCUCCCUUUCUUCCUCUUACCCCCCCCCCCUUCAUACUCAUGUUAUCUGAGUGCAAUAGGAUACUUUUUGAUUUACCCUGAUACUAUAUAAAAUAUGCUGGAAUCAGCUUGCAUAAUCAAUCUUUUUACAUGAAAACGUUAAUAUGAAUAAGGUUGUAAACCAAUCUCUGCAGCGGCGCAUUUUUACAUAGUGGGAUCCUUGUGUAGGAUUCUCAUUUAAACUUUGAAAACUGUAGAGUUAGGUGUAACUUAUACUGUUCAUAGAUUAUUUUGAUUAAAAAAAUCACACAUGGAACGAUGCGUGUACGUUUUUUUUCCUUUCUAUUUUUGGUUUGUUUAUUUUUUUUUUUUUGUCAUUGUCUCGUCCUUGUUGUUUUCCUUGUUGUUUUUUUCCUCUUAAAAGGCGGAAUAUUAUAAGGGUACAACUCAACUGGUCAAAUUAAUGAAAAGAUUCCUUGUAGGUGCUUAAUUCUGACGUAAGUAAAUUGUAGCAAGAAAGAGAGAGGAGAUAUAAAAUGAAAAGCACAAUAACCGUGUUACUCUCAGAGGUGAUUAGCAUAUAACUUCUCGCUAUAAUAAUAUCCAUACAUUAUCCAGCAAACAGUUAAUGAGAAUACUCAAACUUAACAGGUAGAAGUUGUUAUCCUAAUCGAACACCAAAUUCUAAUAUCUUAAUUAUGAGGAAAUGUCUCGCAGCUAGAGGGAAAAAUUAACUGUCAGAUCAUGCGGCUGGAAACACGUGCUCUGUUAGUUGUCUGUUCAGUUGGGAGGCGGGGCAACGUUGCAUGCACGAACUUCAAGUUCCAUGACUAAUUAGCUCUGUUGAUAUGAGAUCAAAUUCGUGUGUCAAAAGAACGGAAUUUUGCGCAAGGACUGAUUGAGUACAAAAAGGAAGAGGUGUCGGUUUAUUGGAAUGCACUCGUUUGAAAUUUUAAAAAGCUCCUCUGUGGAUAAGAGGCUCGUUUUUCAAUGGUGCAGUUGCGUUUGCAAGUGAGGUUUGGAAUUGUGAACUACUUCGUAAGUUGAAAAACAUCCAGCAGUCAAAGAAGAGGACGCACUCGGCAACUGAAGAAGCUACCACAAAAAUGGAAACUUCUUUGAGAAACGACCAGAAAACUCCGAAAAAUGCGACCGGAACAAAGCACGACUUUUCGUCGUCGGGCAGAACAAGUCCAGCUCAGGAACAACCUAAAGUUUCAACACCAGAUGGCAGUGAUGCUUCGCCUCAAAAGAGCCCAAGCUCAGCUAACAAGAUAAAGAGUUUCUUUCAGGAUUUACAGCGCGAGUCCCGCCACGCUCUGACGAACAAGAAAGCCAAAAUAAUCCAGUUGUGGGAAGGAAGAAGAUGGCGGCGAAUGAGCUUGGAAGAGGUUGAGCCUUUUGCUGAAAUGGAGGAAAAAGAAUUAUCAUGCUACGGAGAGACUGAGCGUUUGGGAUGCAACGCUAGUACAGAUGACAAUUCUUAUACGACCGGAGGACAUGUCGACGGCAUCAUGGUCGAAAAUCGCUGCUAA